AUGAGUGGAGAAGCUACUGAAAGUAAAGGUAAAUAUAGCUGCACAAUCUGCGAGAUGAGUUUCGGUAGAAUGGACCGACUUGAUAGGCAUUAUUUUAGUCAUACUGGAAUAAGAGCGUUCAAAUGCGAAUAUGAGAAUUGCGACAAGGCCUUUACAAAUGCAUCUCAUCUGAAGCGACAUGUGAAAAAUUGUCACUUAAACAAGCCACAAAUUUGCUCAUAUGUCUGUGAAUAUACUGAUUGUUUUCAAGGAUUCACAAACUACAGCAACUUGAAUAGACACUAUAAGAAGAAUCAUUUAAACGUCAUGGAAUACAUAUGUGAUCAAUGUAUGUCACCCUUCCGUCGAAAAGAUCAGCUAAGAAGGCAUAUGAAGAAGAAUCACGAUAUUGGCAAUUAUUCUUAUAAGUGUGAAAAAUGUGAAAAUGGAUAUUUUAACAAGUAUUCGUACUUGAAACACAUUAAAGUACACGAUAUAAAAGAAUGCACUGAGUGUCAUGUGAAUUUUGAAAAUUGGUCUCAACUAGUGGUUCAUCGUCGACAAGUGCAUAAAAUUAAUAAAAACAAUCAUUUUGAAUGUGAUAUUUGUGGAAAGAUAUUUAAUAGAAAACCAAAUAUUAGAGAGCAUAUGAAAAUUCAUAUUUCUACUGAACCUGUAUAUUCAUGUAACUAUCAAAAUUGUUCAAAAUUUUAUAAUGCAAAACGAAAUUUGACUGCUCAUAUUCGAUCAAAGCAUGAAGGAAAAAAGUUUUCAUGUAACAUUUGUAAAAUUAGUUUAUCUUCAAAUCACAGACUUCAAAAACAUAUAGCUGCACAUGAGUCAAAUAGUCCAAAAACUGUUAAAAAAUCAAAUAUAGCAUUUCUUUUGGGAGUUAAACUUCACAGCACCAUUCAAAGUGAAUUAUUCAAAAAUGUUCCAAUAAAAAAUAUAAUAGAUGGAAUAUCAACCGAGUCAGAAUUUAGUGAUAAUAACUAG